AUGUGGCCCGUUUUCCUUUUGGGUCUUGUCGGACUUGCGCGGGCCGGAAGUCCGGGAACAAACGGAGAUAUCAGUCAGCCGGCGAUUCAGAAGGAACUAAUCGAUGAGGCAAAGGUUCGGAGUGCGAUAGAGCGCGGAACUUGACCCAAUUUCUACGGUAAUAGUUGAAAUAAUGAAUCUCUUCAGGUGUACCUGUACAAGUUUGGUUACAUUUUCCCAAAUAAGGAUGCCAAGUCGAUCCAAGAUCCAAGCCAACAGCAGAUAAAGGACGCUCUUGUGUGAGGGACCGCUGACGGCACCACUUGAACGGAUAAUAUCAUUUCAGCCGCUUCCAAUCGGCAUUUCUCUACUACUCUUCCGGAACGGUGGACGUGCCGACUCAAGCAAAAAUGAACGAGUGGAGAUGUGCAAACAAUGACAUGGAGAAGGGCCAGCCGAUCCCACGUAGGCGUCAGCAAUCACUCGGAUCUUUGACCGUUCCUCUUUCAGCUGCAUCGAAAAAAGAGCUGUGGACAAAGAAGACGUUGACGUGGAAGAUAGUGAACACGCCGAAGACGCUGUCAGAGGCACAGAUCAGAUCGGGAGCCCAAGAGGCGUUCGAUCAGUGGACGAGAGCCAGUGGCUUCCAGUUUGUGGAGAAGAGCUCCGAGCAGAACCCGGACAUCACCAUCACUUUCUACGAUGUUCCACAGAGCAGCCUCAAGAGUCAGUUACCCCCAAUUGAAUUGAAACGUUUCAUUUUUGGCUAGUUACAGUUGCCGGAAGUGCUUCGAAACCCCACAGUUCUCACAUAAUCCUCGACAAGAAUCAAGAGUGGGCGUACAAGAGUCAGUCUCCGAUGGGCAUCUCCCUGUACCACACGUUGCUCCACGAAAUCGGGCACAUUCUCGGGUUGCCACACAGUUUUUAUAGAGGGUAUGCUGUGUGCACUUUGAAAUACUCAUUUCUAGUAGGUACGAGAUUUCAGUUCCAUCAUGCACCCAAUCUUCAAGCCCGUUCUGCUUCCGUUCGGCACCGUCGACAUUGUGCCGAACGUCGAUCGUCUUUCCAUUCGAAAACUUUACGGUAGGUCUCACUUUAGGAUCUAAUUCUAAACUUUGCCACGAAAUCGACCAGUUGUCCUUCACAGUACCUGAUGCCUAGUUUUCGAUAUCUCUGAGGAACAUUCUGAUUUCUGGGGAGAUCACAAAAUAAAAAAAUCGACCAGGAGAUCAAAAAAGAGAUCACAAAUUUCAAGUCCAUUCUUCGCAUUUUUCUGUGGUUUUUUCCUUUUGAACAGCUGGCCGCUUCUCACUUUUUCCCUCUUCCCCUCAAAUCAUUCCGCUCGAAUCUCACUCGGCACUCCGCGGCUCACUUGGCUCCUGCUCUUUCGCUCUCUUUCUCUUCGGCCAAAUGAACUUCAAUCUGUCCUUCUUGGCGUUUGUUUUCUGGUGCACGGCUCCCAAUUGCACGUUUUCUGCACCAUUUGACACCGAGAAUACUGUGCCAAAUACUGUAGAUGUUGAUGAGGAAGCUUCAGGUUUGUAAUCAGAUGGUACUCUUUUUGGAAUUUCUGAGGAAUGCCUCUUCUUUGGUCUGUCUUCGCGAGGAUUAACCUGGCUACAGAAUGAUUCCUUGCGUGCUCGGUGAGCCGGAAUUGACCGGAAACAUGUGACAUUCAAUCCAUCCAUCAUCCCCUUUCCGUUCUCGACUCCUCACCGCUUUUUUGCUCUCAUUGCAGGCCUCUCUUCCGUCGAUCAGCCAGCGCCGUCAAGUGAUCUUUCGCAGUCGAAAUGCCCGAAACUCAUUGAUUCGGUCGUUGCCAGUGAGUUCUCCGAAAUACUGCGAGCAGCGGUUUCAAUGGUUUUCAGUAAACGACCACGAAUGGCUGGUGUUCCGCGAGAACAAAGUGUACAAGGUGAACAAUCGGAAGUUUGUCGACUCUGGCCGUCCCAUCCAACAGGUGUUCCCACGCGGACCGCAAUUUGUGAACGCUACUGUAUCUUCCGGCGCUCUCACGCUCUUGUUCGUCGAGAGAACCAUUUAUGGAUACGAAUUCGACGGAGUCCAAUUCACGUAUGUCUCCUUACUGCAGACCAGGUUAUCCAGUUGGGUUCAAAGACCAAACCAGUGUGCCAAGCUAUCUAAACUCAUUACACAACAAGUUCAGCUCCUAUAGCCUAGUGUGAACUAAUAACAAACUAUUGUUAUUUCAGUGAAGCCGCCAACUACCCGAAGGAACUGCACGACCGUGUGCUCUUCUACCCCCAGGGAGCCUUUCCGCUCAACAACGGAAGCGUUAUCCUCCUUUCCGUAAGUCAUCGCCUCUUUCAUUUCUCAACUUUUUUACGCUCUGAUCACAGGGAAAUGUGUUUGCCACGUACAACGUCAACCAGAACGCGCCGUCGUUUUUGAACGACAAGAACCGAUACUUCCCCAAUUUGCCGGAAGACGUCAGAAGUGGAGUGGAGAAGACGCAAGGAUUCACCGACUCUUACUACAUGUUCGAUGAGGCGACGGUCAGUUUUCUGAAUCUACAAACCGGUAAAAUCAUUUCCCUAUUUCAGGUAUCCGACUACGAUAUGAACUCGAAGCAGGUGUUGCAGUUGCAGAACAUUCCAGAGUUUUUGAAGUGUGCUUGA